CACUUGUUUCAAAAGAUGUCGGCAAAACCAUACACUUUCUAUAACUUCAAAACACUUGAGUAAACAUGGACCUAUAACACUGCAUUCCAGGCUCACUUGGAAACCCUCUCGAACAAUUAACUAUACCUAUAUUCAUCUCCACUCUGUCCGGAAUGUCAAGUGCAGGACAUUUCAAACAGGGCACUGAAGCGAGGACUGCGUUACUACCAAGAAAUCGUUCGAAUUCAUCGAAGAACGAAAUGCAGAAGCAGCAAACGCUACAAAGACCAGACAGACCAACGAGCACUUAUGACGCAGACUACUUAGAUAAAUUCAGAAAGUUUAGCGAGGCUGUGUUUGAUAAAGAUGGAAGAAAUAUUGACAGCAUUGAGAUUGAUUUAAAUCGAAAUCCGAGUAUUAGCUCGAGGAAUGGCGCCGGUAAAUCAACUGCCAAAGCUGCACAGAAAGUAGCCAAGUCAUCGAAGCUCCAAAAGCUUCAUCGCGCUUCCUUAUCUGGUGACGAAGAAGAGGUAAACAAACUCUUGAAUAAAGGAGUAGAUGUCAAUGUCCAUGAUGAGUUUGGCAAGACCCCCCUGCACAAUGCUAUCAAUGGCAAACACCUCAAUAUUGUGGAAAUAUUGCUCAAGGGGGGAGCUGAUGUUAGGAGUGUGGACGAACGAGGAGACACACCACUGCAUGAUGCAAUUAGAUCUGGGAGCGAGCAAAUUGUGAAGGUCAUCCUCGCAGACAAAAAGUGUAAUGUCAACGCCAAAGGCUUUGAGGACUAUACGGCACUUCAUAUUGCAGCUCAAGAAGACUACGUUGACAUGUGCAAAAUACUGAUCAGUCUWGGAGCUGAGAUAACAGCGAAAGGGGAAGACCAGAUGACCCCACUUAGUCUCGCCGUGGCAAAAGGAGCAAGCGAAGUAGUGGGCUAUCUCCUGGGAACUAUGUGUCAAAGCGAUCGUGACAAUCUUGAUUCGCUUUUUUACAAUGUCGAUCCUUACGGUAGCACAUUACUACAUCUUGCUGYUAAUAGUGGUAUAUUGUCGAUUGUAACCUUGUGUCUUCAGAGUGGAGCAAAUGUUCGUCACACUAAGGAAAGUGACAGUUCAACAGCACUACAUCUAGCAUGUGCUCUGGGUUCAAUCGAGAUGGUACAACAAUUCGCCACAUACGACAAAGAGAUAUGUAAAAUGAAUAUGCAAGAUACAAAUGGUAUGACACCGCUACAUCAUGCAGCAGCGUUUGGUAACACUCCUGUUGUUGUUUUCCUCUUGGAACAGGGUGCAUCGGUGAACAAAGGCGACGUCCAACAUAGAACUCCUCUGUUCCUAUCUUCGACAUCAGGUUUCACUGACACCGUACUGGCGUUGAUGGAGAAGGGAGCUGAUCCUUCAGUAAAGGACGUUGAGCUUCGUUCUCCCUUGCAUGCCGCUGUUGGACAUCCCAUCACCAUGGAAGCACUCUGUAAGGGAACGCAGAGUAAAGAUCUAGCUGUUGCAAAGGAUGUCACAGGAUAUGCACCAAUACAUUACGCUGCAAGAGCUGGAGAUGUCAAGAGCGUCUCGGUGUUGCUAUCAAGGAACAAGUUAGCUGGUUCAGGAGCAUCUGACUCUCAGGAUACACCUCUUCACAUUGCAGCUAAGUAUGGUAAAUUAGAAGUUGUCCAAAAGCUGCUCAAGAAGCGUGAUGUUCGUAUUAUCAACUCACAAAAUAACCAAGGAAGAACCGCACUUCACUCCGCAGCAGGAGAAGGUCAUGAAGAAAUAACAGAGCUACUCCUAGUGGAAGGAGCUACAAUAGAGAGAGACCAUAGCGAACGCACGCCACUCCACUUGGCCGCCUUGCGAGGCUCCAAGGCAUGUCUGGAAUCUAUUUUGCAAUUUCAUCAAGACUGUUUGAACAUCGUCGAUAAAAAUCAGAAUACAGCUCUUAAUCUGGCUUCGCUAUCUGGUCACGCCGAGAUUGUUAAAUACCUUCUCUCRAUCCACGAGCAAGAAAUUCUUUUGAAUAAGUUCAAUCAAAGUGUACUGGAAGUGGCCAUCAACGCUGAUAAGCAUGAGGUUGCUAUGGCUGUGGCUGAGCAUGACAGGUGGAAGGAAGUCAUACUCGUUUCCCCAGGGGGUGGUGUUCCUCAAAUUCAGACCCUCGUCAAGAGAAUGCCCGACGUUGCUGAGAAAGUCUUGGACCGCUGUGUCACAUAUGAAGGGGAUCCAAACAGCAAAGACUACAAGAUCACAUAUGACCUUGGAUUAGUACAGGGAAAGUACAGCUCUGACCAAAAGUUCAAAGAAACACUCKCAGCACUCAGGACAAUGGCGGAACGGAGACGCGAGAAYUGCCUCACACAUCCCGUGUGCUUCUUCCUAAUGCAGAUAAAAUGGAAAAAAUUCGGCUGGAUGACGUUCUUUUUCAAUCUAUCGAUUUACAUCGCCUUUUUGCUCUGUUUCACUUCACUUGUGGUGAUCAUGAGGUCAAAUGAAGAAAGGUUUUGUGGUUUAAAUCCAACUAAUACCAAGGUCUGCACAUCAUCAAUAAUCAUGAAGGGAAAGCGAAACUCAACUCUUGCGAAAAAUUCAAUUUCAAAGUGGGAUGAAGUCAGAGUGAAAGCGCUCCACGGACUUGUUAUUGUCCUCGCUGUUUUCCACCUCAGUAAGGAAAUCAUGCAGGUUGUACGAUUGAAAUUGCGUUAUUUCAUGGAAUUCACCAACUACCUUGAAUGGACCAUCUACUUGUGCGCCAUUACAUAUGUCUUACCGCCAUGGGAAAUGUGUAAGAUUGAAUCAGAAAACAUCAUACAGGCAGCAGCAUUUUCUCAAUUCCUUGGUUGGCUGAAUCUGAUUCUAUACUUUAGAAGAAUGUCCUUUUAUGGCAAGUACGUCAUUAUGCUGACAACAAUGUUCAAGACGCUCCUWCAGGUCAUGCUGUUGUUUGGMUUGUUUUUGAUGGCGUUUGGUACAACCUUCUUUAUUUUGAUUGACAAUAGACUAGCCUACAGUACUUUAUGGUACUCCAUAAUGAAGACGUUUGCCAUGACUCUUGGUGAAUUAAACUACGAGGACACGUUCAUCCCGUCAUCCAAGCUGCAUUAUCCUGGACCGAUGAAUCUUCUGUUCCUCUUGUUCUGUCUUGGGAUGCCUAUCAUUUUAAUGAAUAUGCUGAUCGGUUUGGCCGUUGGUGAUAUCGAUAAAAUCCAACAGAAGUCUGUUAUGGAUCGCUAUGUCAUGCAGGUCGAAUUGCUKUUAGAAGUCGAGGAAUCAUUGCCUUCGUUCUUUCUKCGUCGAGUACAGGUUYUAGAGCAUGUUGUCYAUCCAAAUCAAAAACUGCCACUGAAAACAAGGAUACUCGACAAGAUUCAGGGAUUUGGGCAGCCUGAAAAUGAAGCUGAUGACGAAGGCAACGAACUGCCGCCCGCCGUAGCUCAGAUCGUCGAUAGAAUGGAAGAACAAGAGAACAAGAUCAAUGAAAUGUACGACAUGAUAAGAGAGCAGCAUAAAAUCCUCAAGGCGAUUGGUCGACGAGAUGGCGUCGAUACAGAGGGCGGUGGAACUUUAAGGAAAGGAAUAGUUUCCUGGUUUAAGCGCCAUUGAUACCCACCCAUACGUGGCAACCAAAUAUGGAAUUCGCAUUUCUGAAUCAGGUCAUUUUGACUUAGAUUUUAGUAACAUUUGUUUAUGGUACUUUUCGUAGCACGAUAUUUAUAGUUCUUCGGAUCUUAACUGUACAAAUCCCAACUGAUCGCAUCUUUUAUCGUCUCUUAGUAAUAUUCGUCGCUCAGGCCGGCGUUUUUGGUUUAGUACAGGAAAGGAUUGCACCAUCCACUGAAUAAAAUUUAUAGCCAGAAUUACUGGGUGAAGAACGAACUUUCUCAUCACUUAGUACAACUGCUACAACUAGUUUUAGAUAAACUAUACUGUUUUGUCUUUUCCAAAUUCGAAGAGUUUCUCGAAAAAAAUGCCGUUAUCGACUGAUAAGCAUUUGGCGUUUUUUACAUGAAACACUCUUCAUAACCAUCUGUUAUAUAGUGAUUACGUUUAUGUCUGUGUCAGUGCGUGUCUCUUGGAUUUGAUUAUAUGACACGUCUCAUUGAGGGCCUGAAGAGAGGCCCUGCAGACACGGCAAAUGCAUACUAGUCUUAUGGCACAUUUUAAUUUCUAGUGAUUAGAUUAUCAGUCACUUACCUUUUUCAUACCACUGUGUAAGUUGUUUCAUAAUGGCUUAAUCUUAAAGAGCUCUUGUAGAUUGAAUAUUUAAAGACAAUUUCAUAACAGUAAAUAGCUAUCGUUCUGUUCUUUAUGCAGCAUAACUCAUCAACCAUGCAAAUCGAGAUUAUGUACACAAAUUCUUUACACUGAUGUUUCCCCAAAAAUAUCCCUACUUCUCUCGUGCAUUAUAGUGCCGACAUGUUCAUAGAUAUUUUCCCAUAUUUAAUUCACUUGCUUACAUAGAUAAUUAUUCKUUAUCUUGCUUAGAAUGUUUUGUAUAAUAUUUUCUCAUUACAUUUUUAGCUAGACUGUAGUCUCUGAAACUUGAUAUAUUGACGAUAUAGCCCUACGCAUCAUACAGGAAAUUUUGGAUCACCAUCCAUCAAACAUUGCUUGGUGGCGCCCGCCCCAAAAACAUAUUCAAUGGUGUUCAAACAUUUCGUGCUUCUCCGGGCUUCAAAAAAUGAUGUUGUAAAAUCAGCUCUCAGUGAUGAAUUAAAAAGAUACACACGACGUU